AUGUGUCCAUUUGAAAAAGGUACUACGAGUAAAGCUGCAUCAACUGGUGACUUAGAAACAUUAAAAUUAGCUUACCAAAGUGGAUGUAAAUGGGAUGAAAAUACAACAAAGGAAGCUGCUGCAAAUGGUCAUUUCGAAUGUUUAAAAUAUGCACACGAAAAUGCAUGUAAAUGGAAUGAGAAAACCACACAGGCUGCUGCUGCAAAUGGGCAUUUAGAAUGUUUGAAGUAUGCACAUAAGAAUGGAUGUAGAUGGAAUGAAGAAACAACAAAAGCUGCUGCUCAAGGCGGUCAUUUAGACUGCUUAAUUUAUGCUCAUGAAAACGGAUGCAAAUUGGAUGAAACAAUAAUGGAAGAAGCUGCUAUUAAUGGUAAUUUAGAAAUAUUAAAAUACGCUCAUAAAAAUGGAUGCAAUUGGACCGAACGUACAAUGGUUUUUACUAUCGCAUAUGGAUAUUUAGAUUGCUUAAAAUAUGCACACGAAAAUGGAUGCAAAUGGGAUAAUAUCACGACUAGAAUCGCUGCGAAAAAUGGACAUUUAGAUUGCUUGAAAUAUAUUCACGAAAAUGGAUGGGAAUGGGAUGAUGAAACAACUAUAGUUGCUGCAAUAGGCGGCCAUUUAGACUGCUUAAUAUAUGCUCACGAAAAUGGAUGUCAAUGGGAUGUAAACACAACAAAAGCGGCUGCAGAUUACGGUAAAUUAAAAUGCUUACAGUAUGCACAUGAAAAUGGAUGCGAAUGGCAUAAAGGAAUAACGGAAUCGGCUGCUUAUAGAGGAGAUUUAAAUAUUUUAAAAUACGCUCACGAAAUUGGACGUCCAAUGGACGAAGACACAUAUAAAGUUACUAUUUUAGAAGGUAUGCUAGAAAUAUUGAAAUGGGCUCAUGAAAACGGUUAUAAAUGGAAUAAAAAAACAUCAAGGUUACUCGCUGCUAACGGGCAUUUAGAAUGUUUAAAAUAUGCCCAUGAAAUCAGCUACGAAUGGGACGAAGAAACAAUACUUGCGGCAGCCUUGCACGGUAAUUUAGAUUGCCUAAAAUAUGCCUAUGAACACGGAUGCGAUUGGGUUGAAGGUGUGAUUAGAGGUGCCAUUUCGAAUGGACAUUUAGAGUGCCUAAAAUAUGCUUAUAAUAAUGGUUGCGAAUGGGAUGAAGGCACCACGAGGGAAGCCGCCGCGAGCGGUUGUAUUGAAUGUUUGAUAUUUGCUCAUGAAAAUGGUUGUGAAUGGGAUGAAGGUACAAUAGUUACAGCUGCUGCACACGGUAAUUUAGAUUGCUUAAUAUAUGCUCACGAAAACGGGUGCGAGUGGGAUGAUGGUACAACAAGACUGGCCGCUGCAAAUGGUCAAUUUCUUUGUUUGAUAUAUGGCCAUGAAAAUAAUUGUCUUUGA